UUAGCUGACAAGUGUACUUUUUUUAACUAUUGAAAAAAAAAGGGAAAAAAAAUAAUGCCUAGGCUGCUUUUGCUCAUGCCUAUUUCUCUAUCCCUGCCAGCGGGAGUCAUUGCGUAUGGUUACCGCAACUACUCGCCUCCUCUUAAGCCUCUCUUAGCCCACAACAACAACUACACCGCUCUCCUCCGCUAUCUUUAUCUUCGCAGCAGCUGCAACACUAUUCCAUCUCAACUUACCUCUCUCUUCUGUUUUAAAUUUUUCCCAACAAACCUUAAUUGUCUCCACACGGGCAACUCUCUUUUCUUCAGGAUGGAGCGAUUCUGGUCUGGUAGUAGCAUCAAUAAAAAUAAAGCAAUGGUGGAGCAUUUGCAGCAUUAUGGGGUCAUCAGUUCUAAAAAGGUUUCUGAAGUAAUGGAAACUAUCGACAGGGCUUUGUUUGUGCCAGAUGGUACUCCAGCUUAUGUUGACAGUCCCAUGGCAAUAGGUUACAAUGCCACCAUUUCUGCACCUCAUAUGCAUGCAACUUGCCUGCAGUUGUUGGAGGAGAAGUUGAAGCCCGGAAUGCAUGCCCUAGAUGUUGGCUCAGGGACUGGGUAUUUGACAGCAUGCCUUGCUUUGAUGGUUGGAUCACAAGGUCGUGCUGUUGGUGUGGAACAUAUUCCAGAGCUGGCUAAUUCUUCCUUAAAGAACAUUGAGAAAAGCGCAGCUGCCCCAUUGUUGAAAGAAGGUUCCCUCUCAAUUCAUGUUGGUGAUGGAAGACAAGGCUGGCCAGAGUUUGCUCCAUAUGAUGCCAUACAUGUUGGGGCAGCAGCACCAGAAAUCCCACAGCCACUUCUCGAUCAGUUGAAGCCUGGUGGCAGGAUGGUGAUUCCAGUUGGUAACAUAUUUCAGGAUUUGAAGGUGGUUGACAAGAAGGAGGAUGGUUCCAUCAGUGUUCGGAGUGAAACUUCUGUUCGAUAUGUCCCUUUAACAAGUCGAGAUGCCCAAUUGCGGGGUUAUUAGGGCUGGAAUGUCUUUUAACUAGAGGUUUGAGGUUGUCGGAGAAAUGCCGAUGCCAUCACUUUCGAAGUUGUGCAGAUGUAUGAGAUUCUGCCAAGUAUGGUGUUCACAAAACCCUCUUAAGCUCGUGCUUUCGAGUUGUAAAUAAUAUAUAUAUUUUCCAUCUCUUGUUUAUAUCUUUGCUUCUGACCUUCAGCUGAUUGAAAUCCAUGUUAAUCAACAAUUCCUUAAAA